AUGGGAUCAUUAAAGUAUAAUUAUUCUGUUGAAUACACAGGGGUCGGAAGGCUAAAGGAUAGUGAUCCAGCGGUAGGAUUCGCCACGCAAAUUGCCAUAUUCCGGGAUUUACAACCAGAGACUAAACCCUCUGUAACCAACUUCGGAAGUUAUGAACAUCUCGAGAGAAUCGUGUUUCCGUUUUAUGAUGAACCGGAAAAAAGUGUUCCGGAGAUUCUCGACGUGAUUCAUUAUUACAUGCAAUAUAUUUGCAAUCCGGUCGUGCAACUUAGCGGGAUUAAGCCAAAUCACGUUAAAACUGAUGAUCUCUGGGGUAUUCAUAAAAUUAGACAACUCUGCAAAAGUAGGGACAGAUUGAGAGAAGUAAUUGGCACGAGCGCAGAAUUUACAUUACUUAACGAGGAUGAGAUAAUUGCGCAUAGAGAGUAUAAACUUGACACACCAGAUGAAGAUGAAUACGAGUCAUGCGCGAAUGGGACACUUGGUGAUGAUUCAGGUUGGCCAACUAACGAAUUUGACGACGAUUCAGGUUACCCAACUAACAAAUUUGACGAUGAUUCGGGUUGGCCAACCGAAGAACUUGGUGAUAAUCCAGGUUGGACGACUAAAGAAUUUGACGAUAAUUCGGGUUGGGCAACUAAGAAGUUUGAUAAUGACUCGGGUUGGCCAACCAAUAAAUUUGAUGGCAAUGAAAUUUACCACGAUGGUUGGUGCAACGAGGGGUAA